AUGCAUGCCGCUCCAAGAACGACCGCGGCAGUCGCCGUGGUGCUCGCCGUCUGGCGACCUGUCCAUGGUUUGGUGAACGAGUACCAGAUAAAGGAGUCGUACAUGGGGCAGGACUUCUUUGGAAAGUUCAACUUCUACACAGGUGCAGAUCCGACCCACGGCACAGUUAAGUUUCUCGACGAAGCAGCAGCCUGGAACGAGAAACUCUUAUCCAUAUCCGAUUCGAAAGUCGUCAUUCGCAGCGAUAACACGACUGUGGUGCCAGAGGGCGAGGGCCGAAAGGCUUUGAGAAUCGAGUCGAAGACCAGAUACAAUGGUGGCCUCUUCGUGUUGCAGAUGGAUCAUGUGCCGACCGCUUGUGGGGCAUGGCCGGCGUUCUGGAUGUUCGGAGACGAUGCGCAGCAUGUGUGGCCUCGAUGGGGCGAGUUCGACAUAUGGGAGGCUAUCCACACCCAGAAUGCUGCAACUACAACUCUGCACACGCGUGAGAACUGCGAUCAGCGAGCCGUGAAUGAAGGCAUCGAUUUUCAAGGUCAGGGUUGGGCUGUCGGCACCCAAAGGAACAAAGCGAAAAACUGCUGGGUCCAUGCAAAUGCAGAAUAUGACAACCAGGGAUGUGGACAGAAACUUCAGGAUGGAUCCGCGGGUCCGAAGUUCAACGUCCAACAAGGUGGCACAUUUAUCGCGGAAUGGGAUCCCGUGGUGAACAAGCGCCUCCGCACGUGGUUCUUUCCCAGCGGACAGGAGCCCCCGAUUGGUGACAACCCCAACCCGGAUACCUUCGGCAUGCCCAACUCGUUCUUCACUUUGAACGAAAAAUGGUGCACAUCCGGGCACUUCCACAACAUGCGGAUGGUGUUCGACGUUACAUUCUGCGGUGAUUAUGCCGGUGGGACUUUCCACUCAAGUUGUCCGGAAAUUCAGAUGUCCUGCGCGGAGUAUGUGCGAUCAAAGCCAAGCGCAUUCAGUGAAGCUUACUGGAGCAUCCGGCGCCUGGAUGUCUAUGAAAGCGAAGCUGUCCAAGCCCUCACAAUGGCGGAUCAGCCGGGCUCUUCUUGGACCGCAGUCCUGGCCAGUCUUGCUGCUGUGGCGCUGCUUGGUGUUGUCCUCUACUAUUACUGCAGCCGCCAGCGCGUGGUUGCCAUCGGACAA